UGAAAACGUAAACAAAUCUGUAUUGAUGUUGUGUUCUCUCCAAAUUUGUAACUUUUUCACACGUUCUAAGCCCCAAAGUUUAUUUAAAAUGGCUGCCCAAGUUACCCAAGCACGAAAUGACGGUAGUCAAAGUCCAGGAAGUAAAUUCACCUUAGUGGAAAAGAAGGGAGACCUAUUUAAUUGUGAUGACUGUGAAUCACUUGCUCAUUGCAUCAGUGCCGACAUAAGGAUGGGCAAAGGCAUAGCAACACUGUUCAAGUCCAAAUUCGGCGGGAUCCUAGAACUGCAGUCUCAAGGGCAAAAAAAAGGUGGCCUGGCGGUCCUUAAAAGGCAAAACAGAUUCAUUUACUAUCUCAUUACAAAGAGCAAAUACUGGGAGAAACCGACAUACCCUGAUCUUGCUGCUAGUUUGUACGCCAUGAGAGAACAUGCUUUGAAGGAGAAAGUGACAAACAUUUCUAUGCCGAAAAUUGGAUGUGGUCUUGAUAAACUUCAGUGGGACAAGGUGACCGGAAUUCUUAGGAAUACGUUUGAGGAUACCGAUAUGAAAAUCACAGUGUACACUCUCUGACUAAUGCCAUAGGGCGCGAAAGGAUAUUGAAAGACUCAAACAGGGAAGAAAUAAGAGUCGUUCGGUGAAGAGAGAAGCCCUUUUAGCAAGGUUUUGCCGAUGUAUUAAACAUUGUGCUCGAGAUAUACAUUAAAUAGAUGGAUAGAAUUGAUCAUUUAUGCUACCAGUUGAUAGACAUUUAAGCCAAAUCAUUAGUGGCAGUUAAUAGAUUCAUGGUUUCGAACAAUGGAUCUUUUUCUUAGUGUGUUUUGUA